CUUCGGCGCCCAGGAAGCCGCAGGAAGGCAGGCGUGUGCUGUCGCGUGUGGCGAGGUGAGAACUCGAGAAGCACAAAAAAUGAAUUUUAAUGUCUGGAAUGUUAAAGAGAUGCUCAGCAUCCCCUCAGGCUCUGGGAUCACUAAACCAUCUAACUGGAAUAAUAAUCAGACUGACUGUUCUCUCAGUGAUUCCCAGUUCCUCUUUGGAUCUCAGUUCUGUCCUGAAAAUUCAGAGACUCUGCUACCGUCCUUGGAUGCUGGUGCUUGCUUAAGACACCCAAAACAGACACAACAGAAUUCUGUGGAUAGUGAACCUAGUAUUUUCAUAAAAUACCAGGCAAAGCCCCAGUUGCUUGGAGGCGAUACAAAAGAUGAAAGCUUAUUUUCUCUUCCUUUGCCAGUUGGGAAAUCAAAAGGACUCUCAAAACAGUUUGAGGAGAAAAAACGAAGGGCAACGGACCAAUCUGACAGUGAGACCCUGCACAGCUUUGUUUCUCAUUUUCCAGAAGUCAUUAACAAGUUGCAGACAUCUGUGGAAAAGACUGAGGAAAAUCUCAGCUCUAGAAGCCAGUCUAUUUUAGAUUCUGUGGAGACCAUAGCCAAGACUUUUCAAGAGACUGCACGGGUCCAGCACGACCUGAUGGUUGAGUCAGUGAGAGACAAAGGCAGCAUGGAGCAGGCCAUCCUUGAGAUCCAGCGGACAUGUGCAGCUAGACAAGCAGAAUUUAUGGAGAUGAAAUCCACCCUGAAGAACCUUGAAGUUUUAGUUGUGGAGCAGACUAAGAACUUGCAGCAGUUUUGUGACAACCUGAGCCAGCUCAUUGUGCCUGGUAUCCUAGAAGAGCUGAAAAAAUUCACCUCUGUGCCUCAGGUGGCUGGGCAUCUGAAAGACAGCACCUCUCAGACCUCACCAUCUCUGACCCAGAGCCUCCAUUUUACCAGGCAGGAAAAGCAUCCCUCUGAGGAGCCAGCUACUUGGCAGGCCCAGGAGGCUCCUGCAGGAAAUCCCAGUACGAGUUCCCAGAGGCCUGGGGAGUGUGGUGUCUGGGAUGAAGGAGCAGAGAGUGGUGUUUUUCAAAAGGCUGCAUUGCCAACAGAUGGGCUCCAUAGAGGCGAUGGGCAUGUAAAGAACAAGACCGUGCCGACUUACUGCAAGAACUGGGUCAUGACCACCAGAAGCGUCAGUAACCACUUCUCUAACCUCCCAAGCCAGAGGGCUGGCAAUGGCCAAGGUCUGAUGGCCCAAGGAGCUUCACAGCGGGACGUAAGUAAGUUUGAAGCCAGAGUGAAGAAUGCCUGCCCCGAAUAUGGGCCCCAAAGCAUGUGUUCUUUUGACUCACUUGAACAGUCAGCAACCGAACAGAAAGGCAGGCCCUGCAGAAAAAGGAGGAGAGGCAAGAAGCAACAACCCCAGAGAUCAAAGAGAGGUGGGCUUCUAGAUAGGAAGCAAGGACAGACCUCAAAGGCGGCCUGUGCUUUCAUAGCUAGGCAUCACUGCCCCCAGUCUCCAGUGUGUGAUCCACAGGGGCCCCUCAUCUGUUGGCUGACUCCGAGAAGUUCCACAAAGUCAACCUGUCACAUUUUGGGAGGAACGGGAGAGACCAGUCAGACAGCAAGGGCAGCACAAGGGAACCUCGUGCAGCAUUCCCAGCGCUCUUCCACAGACAGCAGCUCCCAGGGAGACCAGCAGAUAAAUUGGUUCAGUGACCUCAGCCUUGAAAACCUAGAGCCGCCACAGUGUAAGAAGGGAGGGACGAAUUUGCUCUGUGACCCGGAUUUUGAUAGCAGCGAUGAUAAUUUCUAACCUGCCAGCAGUGACUUUAGCUGAUGGUUUGUUAUCUCAGAACGACAAACUGUAGGACAUUGGAUUGAGCAACAGCACACAGCAUCUGAAGCUGGCUUAUCCAGCCUCAGAAUCAGAGGCCUUGACUGACUGUGGCCAGUAGGAGGAAGGGGAGAAUCCAGUACUUUCAGUAUCAGUUGCUGCUCACAGCGGGAAGUUACGGGGAAGAAAUGUGUGGAGACAGUGAAGAGAACUCAGGGAGUAGCCUGUGGUGAGGCAUCAGAAAGUGGCUGUAUGUCCUUGGUGAAAACAUUGGCAUUGGCUUCCUUACGGGAUACAAUUUAGAAGAACUCUCAGAAACUUUGUGACUGUGUGAGUAGCUCUCAAGACGUUCCCUGCACCUGACUGGUACCUUCCUGAGCCUCAGCUUUAUCUUUACCUAGUGCUGUCAAAGAGUUUUGUCUUUUCCCUGAGAGGUCAUGUUACAGGGUACACUAUUAGACAGAGGUUUAUUAUGCAGCCUUGGCUGGCUUUGAAUUUAUAAUUCUUCUAUCUCAGCCUUCAGAAUGUUGGUACUAUAAGCAUGUCUCGAUUCUCAACUGUAAAUGAGACUACUUAAGAACAGAGUGUUAAUCCUGGUGCUGGUGAUGCACACCUUUAAUCCCAGCACUGGGGAGGCAGAGGCAGGCAGAUCUCUGAGUUUGAGGCCAGCCUGGUCUACAGAGCGAAUUCCAGGACAGCCAGAGCUACACAGAGAAAUCUUGUCCUGAAAAGCCAAAAACAACAACAAUAACAACAACAACUCAAAACAAACAAAGAACAGAGUAUUAAAGCUGCUUAUGAAAGUGGGGUGUGGUGACUCACCCCUGAGAUUCAGCAGGAACGCUUCCUUCCAGCCCUUCCCCAGACUACAGGGCCAUCAGAAGGAAGCUUUGAGACCAAAGGACCUUAUUCCUGUUGAACAAUUGUAGUAUUGGUUAUAUUUUAUUUUUCUCUCUUGUUGAUGUUUAUUGUUUUACUAUUUUAAUUCAAAGUUGAAAUCCUGUGAAUUUAAAUAAAUUUUCAGGGGGUUGGGGAUUUAGCUCAGUGGUAAAGUGCUUGCCUAGCAAGCCCAAGGCCCUGGGUUCGGUCCUCAGCUCCGGAAAAAAGAAAAAAAAAAAAAAUAAAAAUAAAUUUUCAGUAUUUGUGAAUGAGCCCUUCUAGAACCAUCUGACUGUAAAGUGCCAAAGAUGGCCCUGUGUUAUCAGUUUCUGCUGUUGAGAUAAUUAAAAAUUAUACUAUAUCUCUGACAA